UUUCUACCUGCCUCCUUCGUGCCUCCCGGGCUGGACUUGACCUGAGUUCAGCCUGCCAUCGACAGCCCAACACUCCUAGCUGGACUUCUCUCCUGAUUCCCAUCUUGAAGCCUCAGAAGCCCUUUCGCUUGACAAUGAGUUUACCUAGGCCGGCUGCUGGGAGGGCAGCUCUGCCGCGGACCCGACGGCCUCGGCUUCCGAGCACGGUGCCCUAGUGCCUCCCGGUGCCGCUGCGGGCCGGUGGAAAAGGGGGCGGAGAGGAGAGAGCCGAGGAAGGGGCGGAGGUCACCCGAGCCCUCCUUCCAGCCCCGGCUGCCAACGCGGCUAGAUGCCUGGACUGCGAGCCUGCACGGCUGUGAAAGGGAGAUGACUUGAGUGACCAGCUGUUAUCUCCACAACAAUGUCCAUGAACAAUUCCCAGCAGCCAGUGUCUCCUGCAGCUGUGCUUCUUUCAAACACAACCUGCCAGACAGAAAAUCGGCUUUCGGUAUUUUUUUCAAUCAUCUUCAUGACAGUGGGGAUCUUAUCAAACAGCCUGGCCAUUGCCAUUCUCAUGAAGGCGUAUCAGAGGUUCAGACAGAAGUCCAAGGCGUCUUUUCUGCUUUUGGCUAGCGGGCUGGUCAUCACAGACUUCUUUGGUCAUCUCAUCAAUGGAGCCAUAGCAGUGUUUGUGUAUGCAUCCGACAAAGACUGGAUCCGCUUUGAUCAGUCCAAUGUCCUUUGCAGUAUUUUUGGUAUCAGCAUGGUGUUCUCGGGUUUGUGCCCACUUUUUCUAGGCAGUGUGAUGGCCAUUGAGCGGUGUAUCGGUGUCACCAAACCAAUAUUUCAUUCCACAAAAAUUACAUCCAAACAUGUGAAAAUGAUGCUGAGUGGUGUGUGCCUGUUUGCUGUUUUUAUAGCUUUGCUGCCCAUUCUUGGGCAUAGGGAGUAUAAAAUUCAAGCCACCAGGACCUGGUGUUUCUACAACACUGAAGAUAUUGAAGACUGGGAAGACAGAUUUUAUCUUCUCCUUUUUUCUUUCCUGGGCCUCCUAGCCCUUGGUGUUUCAUUCUUUUGCAAUGCCAUCACAGGAAUUACACUUUUAAGAGUUAAAUUUAAAAGUCAGCAUCAUAGACAGGGCAGGUCUCAUCAUUUCGAAAUGGUUAUCCAGCUCCUGGCUAUCAUGUGUGUCUCCUGCAUUUGUUGGAGUCCAUUUCUGGUAACAAUGGCCAACAUUGGAAUCAAUGCAAAUAAUUCUCUAGAGAACUGUGAAACCACACUUUUUGCUCUCCGAAUGGCAACGUGGAAUCAAAUCCUAGAUCCCUGGGUAUACAUUCUUCUCCGGAAGGCCGUCCUUAAGAAUCUCUACAAGCUUGCCCGGCGCUGCUGUGGGGUGCAUGUGAUCAGCUUUCAUAUUUGGGAACUUAGCUCCAUUAAAAAUUCCUUAAAGGUUGCUGCUAUUUCUGAGUCACCAGUUGCAGAGAAAGUAAGUCCUCAAGCACCUAGUUUAGUAGGACAGUAAGUCAGUGUAGGUCUAGAACAAAAUUCUGAAUAGUUUGGGCAGUAUUUCAUUUAAUUAGAUAAAUAUAUGUAGUUUAACUGGAAAAUUCAGACCUCAACAUGUAGUUUGGGAAUACCUUUGUCAGAUUCAGCUUUUUACAUUUGUUAAAUUAGCUGUGUGCUCACACAGUUUUCUUUCUCUGUCCACUGGAUGUAGAAUGAGACUAUGCUAUGAGAGUCAAAUAGACAAUAAUUUUGAGCUUAUCUGUGUGACUCAUGCUUUUGGAAUAAAUGAAUCUGUUGAGGUCUAAUGCACUUAACUGGCCUGUUUGCCAGAGAAUGCCUUAGUGGUAUCUGCACAGUAAGACUGAUAUUUUGAGAUCACUGCUCUGCAGCUAUUCCUUAUUCCAUAUAAACGAGGCUAAAUGAAAUAGAGCACUAUCAUUUGUUUUGUUGUCGUUCUGGUCUGUUUUAGCAGUCAUUACAUACCCUCAAUCAGUAUAUAUGCGUGAUCAUGACAUUUGGGAUUCACUGUGGCUGACAGGUCUGGGUGACAAGUUGUUUUAUCUUGUGAACCUCUUUAGAAUGAGCCCAUCUUGUUGCCUUUGACAGAUAUGACUGCUUGUAUUUAUCAUAAGGAAGGUUAAUUUUUUUUGAAGGAUUAUUUUUGGCAAGUAAUAGAUCUGCAGUUGUCAAACACUCUUCUUUUUCUCUGAAAGUUUUAGUGAACUGAUCCACAAUAAUUUUAGAGAAAUGAGAGUGGCCUUUUAAGACAGAUACAGACAACUUGCAUGAUAAUCAGUUCCUAAAAAUCUCUACCACUGACAACACAAUAACUGAAACCCCAGUGUUAUGUACAGAGAAUGUAGGAAGGAUGUUUUACUGUGAGCUAUAAUUUCUGUGCCAGAGAAUAAAAAGGUUCAUAAUAUAUAAUAUUCACAAUCUGCAGCUAGUGUGUUUCUGGUUUACACAUACACAUAGAUGUAAGGCAUCAGAGAAUUCCAUUGAAAGCUGGUUCACUAAAUCAGUGAGAUGGCAUCUUGCAAUGCUUUAUGCUACCACUGUCAAGGGAGACAACUGGAAAUUAGCCAUACAUUUUGGGGUCAUUUUAAUUGUAAAUCAGAAAUUAAGGGAGAAUAGUGUCUCUCCAAAUUUCCCAAUAAUUUAGACCUUCCUUUGCUUGUUAGUAUAGUUCUGUCCACAUUAUAAUUCAUUGGGUAGAAUGUAUUAGUACAUAUUCAAAGUGUCCUGGGCCCAUCAGAAAUUAGGGUAGGUAGAUCUGCUUUAGAUAGGGAAAUACAUUUCCAUAAAGAUUUCCUGCUUCCAUUAAGUUAGAUCCAUUUAAAAAUUAAUUUCCCCUUUGAGACUGAUUUCUUAAAAUAUUAUGUUCAUAUAUUUAUGCUUUCAGUUGGUAGUUUACAUUGGAAUUGUUAAUUUGGGGGAAUUUGGGUAUAUUCUCAUUUAUAAAUUAAAAAAAAGUAAGCAAGCAGCCUCAGUGAAGAUUUAAAGCAGCCAUUUUUUUCAGUGAAUUUAAAGAAGAAACACAUGCAUUGGCACAUGUAGUCUUAAGACCAGUAAAUGAUUAAUCAUAUAACUUUAGUUUAUUUGCCUAUAAAUAGCACAUAAUAGAUACUAAAUGAAUUCUUGCCAAAUUGAAUUACAGACAAGAAUUUCCUGGUACAAUUGGACAUAGAAUUGCAGUUUUUACACAUUUUUAAUUUAAGCUGAAAGUUAUAUAUAGAUUAUUGUGGUGUAUAUAUGUCUGUAUAUAUGUAUGUGUGUGCAUGUUAUGUGUAUAUAAUGCGUAUUUCUAAAAACAGCCAUUUUAAUUUGUGAUUGCUAUUAAAUUGCAUAAAUGUUCUCAUGUGUCUCAAGAGCACUUAAAGGCAGGAAGAACUUUCAGGUGUUUCACUUACUUUCAGACCAGGUAUUUAUUGCCUGGAGCUACUUAAGGAUGGUGGUAUUCUGUGGAAUAAAGCACAAGAAACCAAAUCUCUCUCCUUCCUCGCUACAUUGGAUAAAAACCUGCAGUGAACAUUUUCCUGCGCUUUGACUGUGGAAAGGCCCUGGAAAGAACCUCAUUCACAGGCCACAGGCCUCUUCUCGGGGGGCCUGACCCAGUGGCAGAGUUGUCUGUCUAUCGUCACAGUGUCACCCUAGCCAUGUGUGUCCGCACUCAAGAAAUCUUGUGUGCCCUUAUCUUGCAUGGGAUGCAAAUGUUUGGGGAGCACCAAAGGAGGCACUCUGUGCAUAUUUAAAGGGUUGUCUGUAUUAUGUGGGCAUGGAUUUAGGGCUAUCGAAUUGGUCUUAAAAUGAUGUGAAAUGUACCAAGUAGCCAUCGAAAACUGAAAAAACGGUACUGAAAGAGUAUGUGUUUAUAUUGUUUUAGGCUUUUUCCCCCCAAGAAAAACAAAAUUAAAGUGAACACAACAACGUGCAUUACCUGGCUUCAGGAUUUUGUUUCUGUUAUUCUUACGCUGUAUAUAGUUUGGCAGUUUUCUAUAUCAUCACCAAUAGCGGGAACAUCCAUCAAUAACUUCCAUACGUGUUCCAACUGGAUAUGUGUUUGUUCUGCAUUUUGGAAGUAAAUAGUGUGAAACAUUUUAACAGGCUCACCAGUUUGACUGAGUGAAGCUCUGUUUUAAAAUUCACAAUUACAUUUAAAGUGCAACAAUAUCUCCACAGCAGGUAAAGUAUUGGGCAUGCAGUUUCACAUACUAUCACAGCAUAUGAUUUUUAGAGAUGAUCUUAUAGGCAAAUUCAAAAUAUGUACAGGCUCUUUUUAGUGUCUGAAUUUUUUGGAAAAAAUGACACAAAAUUGCCCAAGGGUUUUAGGAUUAUGAAUAUAAAGACAAAAACAGAGAAUGCUGACUCAUAAUUAGCUGUGGGUACAUCCGAAAACGUCAGGCUUUUUACUGAUGGGUUCAAUUAGGUGACAGAACUAUGCCCUUUACAAUUUUUUUUUUUUCUGGAGAUAGAAAGUUGCUUUUAUCUGCAUAGCUAAAGUGGAAAAUUCCUAAGCAUUAAUACAAACACGAAUAUAGAUAUAGCAGUGUGAUGUAACAAGUUGUGUCUGUUCACGUUAAGAUUUAAAAAGACAAACCUGCUUUAGUUUUGUGCCUAAUUUGAGCUUAGAAUGUAAGAGCACUCGUUAAACAUACACCGUGAGCUUUUGUGAAAACUGUUGCUCUCUUUACUGACUGCACCAUUGCUCCACAUUCACCCUCUAGGAUCAGAGUGUAAAGACAGGGAAUGUACAUUUUCUUGCUCCCUCAUCUGGCUGUUAGAAGAAUUUAUCACCUGGUAAAUCAUGUUGGACUUCAACUUGUUACUUCAGUAAAACGUGAAAUAUAUUCUCUGUUAUGUGAAUAGAUGCGUUUUGUGCUCUUCUUUACGUAAAAGAUUAAAUAAUGAUAUGUAUAUGUUGUUCAUUGCCUUGGUAUGCAGUUCAUGUAAUUUCAGUGCUUUGACUAGCUUGAAACGUCAAAUGAUUUUACAAUAAACAUGGAUUAAUGUUUA